AUGCUUCUCGGUCGACGCGUCUCCUUUCCAAGCGCGUCAAGUGUCCACCGGCGUGUUCACCAUGAGAACGAUAUAAACAGCGUGUACACAGCUGCAGUGCGUCGCGCGCAAAGUCCACCCUGUUCACCGUCAGCGCCAUCUCCUACCCCAGAAUCCAGAUGGAAGCGGGGACGACCUGUUGUUUCGCCAAGACGCACUGGGGACUCGACACAUUCGGGUUCGAGACUGUGGGUUCAAAAUCUGCCCAUACGAUUUGCACACAAGGACCCGGUGGCGCUGCCGGCCAGACAAGGGAAUGAACAGCAGAGUCCUCCUAGACAACAGACGGUGCCUUUCCCUGAUGGGGAAUUUGGCAUCUCAACAAAUGCUUCAGAGCACUGUACAACGUCAGCAUGUACCCGUUCCUUGCGCUUCACACCAACGGCAAACAGAUUGGCCCCCCAUCCGACGACAAUUACUACCGAGUCGGAGGUAGCGCAUCAGCUUCAUGUUGAUUCAGGACGCUUAUCCACCGAAAUGUCUCAGAACAUGCCUAGAGCGCAUGCUGAUAGUGAGGGAGGGCUUGGUACAAAGCAGGAUGACGUUGAAAUCCAAGAAACUGGGUUUGAGCAGGACAGUGAUGCUCAAUAUGACGAAGAGGAUCACGCAGAACAACAUGUGCCUCUUGCCUUCCAAAUUCCAGACGAUGCAUUACGCGCUGCGAUGCUGGCUUCCCCAAACACACGAGCAAGUUACUGGAGUGCAAAGCUUUAUCGAGGACCUGGGGAUAAGCAGAUAUCUACCCACUACUGUCAAUCUCUACAGGUAGCAGAGCGCGUCGCCAAGUAUUUCUUGCACCAGAAGGUUGUAGGGUUUGACAUUGAGUGGAAACCUCGAGCUAAUCCUGCCUCGAUUAAGAAGAACGCAUCACUUAUACAACUUGCUUGCGAAGAUCGGAUUGCGCUCUUCCAUAUCUCUCUCUUUCCGGGCACAAGCGCGAAACAGCUGAUGCCACCCACCUUGAAAGCUAUCUUGGAGUCGCCCGAUAUCUACAAGGUUGGUGUAGCUAUCAAGGGCGAUUUCAGCCGCCUAAACAAGUUUCUCGAUAUACAAGGUCAAGGUGUGUUCGAGCUGAGUCGUCUUCACAACGACGUAGAGUUACACGCCACCGAACCGGAGAAAACCGUGAACAAGCUCGUAGGUCUUGCUGCGCAAGUGCUUCAGCACUUGCAGCUACCUCUGUACAAAGGCGGACAAGUCGACGACAAUCUGACAGGCGAUACGAAUGUGCGCGAAAGUGAUUGGAGCCGGCCUUUAGAUGUCCAGCAAAUCCAUUACGCUGCUGCAGACGCGUAUGCUGGAUUUCGUCUUUAUCACAUGCUUGACUGGAAGCGUAAGCAACUGAGACCGGUUCCUCCUAGACGUGGGCUGUGCGAUUACGAUUCGAAAGCCGCUCCCAAAAGCCCUCUAAAGAAAUUGAAAACCGCUAGGAAUUCAAAAGACGAAAGAGAUGUUGCAGUCGAGCAAACAGCUCAGGCGGCUGAGCAGGAGCAAGAACAAGUGGACGAAGCAGAAGAUUACAACAGCUCUGUGUCGGAAGAGCCUGUCGACCGUUCUGAUCCAGACGGUCCCAUACCAGCGUCCGUAUCUGCAAUUCCCGGAGUGACGGACGAUGUCGCAAGCCCAAGUGUUUCGCACUCAAGGCAAACAACGCGUUUCAAAGUCAGGCGCUGCCAGACUGAUACUAUGCGCCAACAAACCGGCCGAGUCAAUCUGUCCUGGCUGAGGAAUCCUGAUCCAGGAUAUCCCGCUCUUCCUGACCCCGGAUAUCCCAUUCUUCCCAAAAGGACUGAAAGUGGCAGUACCCGAUCAUCACAAGGCCGUUAUCUUGACGAAUAUUUUGAGAUCCUCUCGAGGAACCGUAAUAGUCAGUUCAAGGAGGAUCUCGAUGUGGAAGAAGACGAAUUCGCAGAUCAAGAGCUUGAAGAUGCGCUCAAGUCCAUGGACAUCAACGAUCAAGGAAAAUUGACAAGCGAUACGAAAGAAAUGGACAUUGCAAGUGAACUAGCAGAUGGAAGCCAAACGGCAUCUCCUUCGAAGGAAGGCCAGUUGACUAGCUGCAUACAUGAUGAAGAAGCUAGACACACCGAGAAACACGCCGUCGAACCAUCCGAAUUGAACUCAGUAAGCGAUGAUCCUGAAGAAACAGCAACGGUAUCAACACCUACUCUCAAGACUCCCACCGACGAAAUGGGAGAUGUUGCCCAUACGACUGAAUAUGAGUAUGCAACGCAAUGGGCACAGAACUACCUCCAAUCUACUGUUCCGUCUCCAGAGUCCAAAAGCCCCUCGCGCAUCCGUGCUACACUCACUCAUCUUCGUGCCUACCACAUUUGGCAUCACCAGAAGCUGACGAUGGACGAGGUUGCAAAGCAUCUGCGUGACCCGCCAUUGUCUCACAUCACCACAACUGGCUACAUUUUGCAAGCCAUCACCCUGGAGAAUCUGGACUAUGAAAAAAUGGCAGUGAGGGAUGUGUUGGUAGGGAUGCCGGAGGGGUUGAGAAGGGGAAGGUGGAAGUGGCUCUCUGAGAAGGUGGGCGCCUUGAGUUGA